GUAAAACAUAGCUAGCUAUCUGUGGUCGGGAUAUGGGACGCGGAAAGAUACCAAUCAGGAGGAUUGAGAACCGGACCACAAGGCAAGUCACCUUCUCCAAGCGCCGAGCAGGGCUGUUGAAGAAGACCCACGAGCUUUCGGUGCUUUGUGAUGCCCAAAUUGGGCUCAUCAUCUUCUCAAACACCGGAAAGAUGCGUCAGUACUUCACUGAGCCUUUGAGGAUGGAGCAAAUCAUAGAAAGGUACCAAAAGGUCACUGGCACGUGUAUUCCCGAGCAUGAUGCCCGCCGGGAACAAAUAUAUGGUGAAAUAAUAAUGCUGAGAAAUGAAACUCGUCGUCUCCAACUUAGCAUGCAACGCUACACCGGUGAGGAUACGAGUCCCUUGCCAUAUGAGGAUUUGGAUCGACUUGAACAAGAACUAGAAAGCUCGAUUAACAAGGUUCGAGAUCGAAAGAAUGAGCUCUUGCACCAACAGCUGGACAACUUGAGAAGGAAGGAGCGGAUGUUGGAGGAAGAAAAUAGCAGCAUGCACGUUUGGAUUCAAGAGAAUCAGGCAGCUAUAGAGUAUCAGCAGGCUGCAGCAAUGCAGGCAAAGGUGCCAUUUGAGCAUAAGCAAGUUGUAGGUCAAUUCCCGUUAUAUGUAGAGCAACCCAGUAGUGAGCUUCAACUUGCCGCCAUCCCUCCUCAUAUUCAGUCGACAUAUCAUCUUCAGCUUUCUCAGCCUAAUCUUCAAGAUUAUGUUUCCUCUUUGGUUCCACAAGAUUGAGCUUUACUCAUCAUGAUGAGAUGGGUUUCUAGUAUGAAGAAAUAAAAUUUCACAUGGUGAUCAAGAUGAAGACAUGUAAUUUCUUACGGCCAUACUUAUAUGGCUACAGCAAGAACUUUCAUGCAUGUUUCCGAGCUUACGUAUUUAACUAAAACAGUAAUUUGUUUGUUGAUCAGUCUAGUUGUGUGUUUAAAUUUCCAUGAAUUCUAGCAAAUACUUUAUUAUGGAGACAACAAGAUAUUGUUCCAAAUGCUUGCAUUAUGUGGAAAAUCGAUUUUAUAGUUUAG